UGGUGCCAAUAUCAAUAGGGCAGCUUAAGAGCCUCGAAGGCAUUGACAUGUCUUUCAAUGAGUUUUCUGGGCCAGUGCCACAUUCUAUUGCAAAUUUCACCAUGCUCCAGCAUUUAAACUUUUCAUACAAUAAAUUGAAUGGAUCAGUCCCAAAUCAAGGAGCUUUCAGAAACCUAAGCGCAACAUCAUUUUUGGCAAAUCCAGGAUUAUGUGCAGCCUCGGGCUGGUUGAACUUACCAAAUUGUACAAGCUCUGACAAAAAUCAUGAUGCAUUGAACACAAAUAUUCUCUUGGUUGCUUCAAUUAGCACAUUCUUCGCAUUGUGUUGCAUUUUAGGGGCAUUUUACAUUUUCUACAGAAGAAUUAAAAGGGCACCAAUUAUAGAUAGUUUGUUUGGGCAAGGUUUCAUGCAAAUUUCUAGCCAAGAACUUCACAAAGCAACCCAGGGAUUUAGUGCCGCUAAUUUACUAGGCAAUGGUAGCUUCGGGUCUGUCUACAAAGGGCUCUUGUCUGAUAAGAAGUUGGUGGCUGUUAAGUUAUUCGAUCGGGACCCUCAAAAUUCAUACAAGCAUUUCGUCAGGGAAUGCAGAGUACUGAGAAAAAUUAGGCACCGCAAUCUUGUGAAAGUCUUGUCCUCUUCCUCUGCUGGAGAUUUGAGGGCUCUGGUAUUGGAAUUUAUGUCACAGGGGAGCCUAGAACAACACCUCCACAGGGCUGAACUGCAGUGUAGCUUGAGUUUGAAGAUGAUGGUGAACAUUGCACUUGAUGUGGCACAUGGGAUGGCUUAUUUACAUCACGAUUGUUCUCCCCCUGUUGUUCACUGCGACUUGAAACCCUCAAAUGUGUUAAUGGACGAAACCAUGACAGCCCAUGUGGCUGAUUUUGGAAUUUCCCGUCUAUUGAUGUCCCCUGUUUCUGCAAGUAGCAGUACAUCUAGACUGAAGGGAACAACAGGCUACCUUGCUCCAGAAUAUGGAUUGGGAGGAGAAGUGAGUACCAAGGGAGACGUUUACAGCUUCAGGAUUCUCAUCCUUGAAAUGGUUACUAAAAAGAGGCCUAUUGACGGUAUGUUCUCUGGAGACAACACUUUGCCCAGAUGGGUGAGAAGUGCAUUCCCUGAGGCACUGGAGGGAGUGGUGGAGUCUGGACAGAGAGCUGCUGGUUGAUCAACGAACUGUAGGUGAGUCCAGUAGUAGUACUACACCUGAAAUCACUGGUGAAGAACUGGAAUCCUCUGAUCAUGGCAGUUGCCUGCUUAGUUUUGUUGGAUUGGGACUGCAAUGCGUAAGUGAAAAUACAGGGGACAGACCAACGAUGAGAGAGGUGGAGAGUAUGCUGGAAAAGAUGGUGUAUGGCAGGGCAUGUGGCGACUUAAGAGAACAUUCAUCUGUGCAGAAUCUGUUGACUACAAGCAAUAGAGCGGUCCAUCCAAAUGUCAGCACAGAUGAAAGUGAGAGCAGUUAAAGGACAGACAAUCAACAUUUACUGAAUUUCUUUCACCAGCAAUAGUUUUUGCACAAAUAGAUUUUUUU